AUGGAGGGCACUCGUAGUGGACGAGGCCGUGGACGUGGAAGUAGGCAACCCUCUGAUAGAGGUACUGCGGAAACCUCGACUGGACCAAACCCUGAACCUAGGGUAGAUCCGAAUGUCCAGAUAGUUGCCGCUAUGCAGCAAAUGACCGACUUACUGGCCAAUGUAGUGCAACAACAGGGCCACAACCCUAACCCACCUGUCGGGAAUCCCAGAAACCCUGGGAACCAUGUCGAGAGCGAGGAUCGAGCCCUCGAAAGGUUCCAAAAGUUCUCCCCAUCGAAGUUUUUGGGAGGGCCCGAUCCAGACGUGGCCGAGCAGUGGCUGGAGAAGAUGAUAGAUAUUUUUUCCGUCCUACACUACUCGGAAGAGAGGCAAGUUACUUUUGCGGUUUUUCAGCUUGAAGGAGCCGCUCGUUCUUGGUGGAACAUUAUACGAACUAAGUGGGAGAGAGAACAGACACCAAGAACAUGGGUGAACUUCGUAAGGGAGUUCAAUGCCAAAUACUUUCUGCCAUUGGUCCAGGAGAAGAAGGAAGACGAAUUCAUCCGACUUCGCCAAGGCACCCAAUCAGUGGCUGAAUAUGAGAGCCAGUUCACCCGUUUGUCCAAAUUCGCCCCUGAACUUAUUUUAACCGAACAAAGGAGGGCGAGGCGUUUCCUUCAGGGGCUUAACGUAGAGAUACAAAAGGAUUUGGCUGUGGCCCAAAUCACUACCUUUAGUGAUGUUGUUGAGAAAGCUUUACGAUCUGAGAACGCAAGGCUCGAAGUGAGAAAUUUUCAAAAUAAAAAACGUGAAUUUUCUGGGAGUAGCUCCACUCAAGGGAAUAAGAGUACCCCUCCCAAAUUUGGAAGGGGAAUUGGAGGAGGACGAUUUCCGGGUACGGCAAGAGGGACUCCGCCAAGAGGUGGCCAGACGAGACGAGGCCAACAGAGGAGUGCCUCACAAGGGAGUUCCGUCACUGUUUCUCGUGGCCCGUGUGGGUUCUGUGGGAAGCCGAACCACAUGGAGGAUAACUGCUGGAGAAAUGAGAAGAAGUGCCUAUGCUGUGGGAGUGCGGAACACCAGAUAGCCAGCUGUCCAGUUCAACCCCGAGAGGCGAGAGGGAUGACACAAUCUCAAUCUUCUAAGGCUACCUCAGGGCAGUCAAGAGUAGAAGGGGUGAAACCGAAGGUGCCUGCUCGGGUGUAUUCUAUUGAGCAGCGUCCUGUCCCUGAUUCGACAGAGGUGGUGGAAGGUACGAUCCCUGUCUUCCACUGUCUAGCUAGAAUUUUGAUAGACCUCGGGGCCACCCAUUCUUUUGUUAACCAUGAUUUCAUGUGUGGAAUUGACAUUACCCCUAUUAGUUUGCCAUAUGAUCUAGAAGUAAGUACUCCCACGGGGAACCAGUGUUUGGUUACUAGUAAGAUGUAUGUAAACUGUAAAAUCUGGGUAGGAGAGAGGAAGUUAUUGGGGAAUUUAAUAAGUUUAGCCAUUAAGCGGUAUGAUGUGAUAUUGGGCAUGGAUUGGUUAGUUAGGUAUGAUGCCCAGCUGGACUGUAAGAGGGAAGUAGUGGAAUUCCAUAUCCCUGGAGAGGCGACCUUAAGGCUAGAUGUGAAGGGCGGUCUAGCCUCAUCUGCAAUGAUUUCGGGUAUUCAGGCUAGGAAACUAUUGAGUAGAGGGGCUCAAGGGUUCUUAGCCUUUCUCAUCAACACUCCCACUGAUAAGUUAAAAGUAAAAGAUGUUCCAGUAGUGGGCGAAUAUUCGGAUGUGUUUCCCAAUGAGCUAGUGAAUCUACCACCGCAAAGAGAGAUAGAAUUUGAGAUUAACUUGUUACCAGGGACUUCACCUAUCUCUAAGACCCCAUACCGUAUGGCACCUGCUGAACUUAAGGAGCUGAAGCUGCAGCUGCAAGACCUUUUGGAGCGGGGUUUUAUUCGUGAGAGUGGAUCUCCUUGA